AUGCUAAAGAUCAGCGCAUCUGAGAAGAAAUACAUCGUUGAGGGCGUCGCUGCCGACGUGCGCGCAGACGGACGCGAUCGUCUAUCAUAUCGUAACAUUUCAAUCGAGACAUCGCUUCUCUCACAGUCCAACGGGUCUGCGCGGGCGUCAAUAGAGGCGUCAGGCACCGAUGUAUUGGCCUCUGUGAAGCUCGAGGUAGCAUCUCCGCUCCCUGAAGCUCCCAACGCGGGCAUUGUUCAAGUCUGUGUAUCAUGCUGUCCAUCCAUUUCAGCUAAACUCUAUGGUCGAGCUGUAGAGGAAUUGAAUGUCGAGUUGUCUCAACUCAUGACGCGCUUAUUAUGCUCACAUUCUAAUGCUGAACUUGAAAAGUACUGCAUCAUCCCGGGCGAAAGCGUUUGGUCAAUUAAUAUUGACGUCAUGGUAUUUGAAUCGACAGGAAAUGUACCAGAUAUCAUUUCUAUUGCUAUCUACGCAGCGCUAAACGACACUGUCUUCCCGUCUGUGCGAUUAGUGGGCGUCGAGAGCGAGGAUAAAACCAUUGAAGUGGAUAUGGAUCCUGCUGCUGGCAAGCUCAUGAUGGCUCAGCAUUGGCCCAUUUGUGUGACAUUGAGUAAAAUUGGCGACUACUUUAUCACGGAUUCGAUGCAGGAAGAAGAGUUAUGCACGACAGCUCAGAUGAGCGUAGCUGUAGACCCAGAAGGAAGUGUUUGUGGUGUUCAGAAGAGCGGUACUGGUGCUAUUGAGCUAGAAGAAAUGCAGCAGAUGAUUGACGAAGCUUGUGCACGAUCGAAAGAACUAUUUCAUCUUUUACAGAACGCGCUGUCUGAGCAGAGAAAUCGAGACAUUAAAGCAGGACACAGAGUCGAGCGCGUUGGGUUUUUAGGAUAA